AUGGUCUCUCUACUCCGCGUGGCGCUCGUCUGGGCCACCGUACUGUCCGUGUCGCUGGCAUGGACGAUUCCGCACGCCAGUGUCAUCCGCAGCCUCUCCAAGCGUGCCAUCAGCCUCUGGCACAACGUGUCGCCCCCGAGCCCGGCGGCCUUUUCGCAGGAUGAGGUCGACGAGCUGAACGACUGGCUGUCCGACUCGAUCACCAUGGCCAGGACGGCGCGUCGCAUGCUGGAUCGGUACAGCAGCGACCGCGUGGUGGCGGCGACGCUGGGAACCUUUCUGGGCGUGGAGCCGAUAGAUGAUAACGGCCAGUUCACCCCCAAGGACCCAGCCCAGCUGCAAAACUUUAAAGGUCCAGACUGGCUGGGCGAUGUGGUGGCCUAUGCCGAGGGUGGCUUCGCAUCCUUUGGCUACAGCGAGGCCUGGCUGAUGAAGGGCGACAGCUUCCAGCAGCGCAAGACGCUCGACGACUGGGUCCAGCAGGACGACGGCAGCGUGGCCAAGUUUGAGCAGAACGGGGUGGAGCAGCCCAUCUCUCUGCGUCAGGUGGCUGACUUUGCCGGCGAGAUUGCCAAGGGACGCUGGAUCUGGUGGAUUCCCGGCAUGGGCUCGUACCUCUCGCUCGGCGCAGGCGACUUUACGCCCGGCGUCCCCGGUGUCUCGCCCGGCUCGCAGUGCACGGGCGCGGGUGCCUUUACGGGGACGACCAGGGGGCUGCAGGGCGUGCGCAAGUCUCUCAUCACCAUCUGCAAGCCGGGCGCGCAAGGCGACGGGACGCCCGUCGACCACUUCAGCGCCAUCCCCUACAAGAUGUUUGCCGACGUGCCCGUCACAAAGGACGCGGUUGUCGAGAAGCACUUUUCCCGCAGCACGAUCCUGCUGCACGAGAUGAUGCACGCUGUCCGGCAGGGCAAGUCGCCCGACCUCGUGAACGGCUCAGACCAGUGCUUUGCAAAGAGGAAGACGGGGGCCUCUGCGGUGAGCCCAGCCUGUGUGACGGCCAUGGUCGUGGCCAUGAACUUUCUGGACCGGGGCUUGACGGCGGGCCAGGACCCGUGGUCGUUCUGGACGGGCCGUGCGAGGGCGGCGAGCGAGGCGUACGAGUGGUUCGUCAACCAGAAGAAGGACCAGCAGUCUUGA